AAUUUUUUUUCUUUCAACCUUUUCCAAACUUCGAGAAUCGCAAUUUCGCUCUUCGAUAUCGAGUCGAUAUCGUGAUCUGUCAUGGCGUCGCUACCUCGUUUGAAGUUCCUUCUAGUCGCUGCCUGAUCGGAAAUCUCACGAUGAAAAAUUGUCUGUCUUGUUAAGUGCCGGAUAUUGUAUUAAAAGUUAUGCGUAAUCCCAAUUAUAUAAUAUUACUAAUCGCGUCUUCAAAAUCAAUCAUAUUGUCAGAUCGGUCACGGUUCUGUAUGAACGCGUUUUUAACCUAACCUGAUCUAUAUGUCAAAUGGUAUUAGAUGUGACUCAACGAUUGCUAACGAUGCAUCUCGAUCGAGUUCGUGUCGAGUUCAUGCCGAAUUACUUAAAUAAUUUUUGUGACGCGAUUUGCAUUACGUGUCUUUCAGUGCGUUUCCUAUUCAACGCUUGAUAACCGACGAAAAUGGCAGUUACCAUUGAUUCUGUGAUAUAUUUAUGUUUCGUGGCUAUUCUUUGGGGUGCAACUAAUCCAUUUAUGAAGAAAGGUGCACAAGGCAUAGAACAUGUCAAAGCUGCAUCAUUUUAUGGACAAUUUAUCAAGGAGAUUGCAUUUCUUAUCACUAAUCUAAAGUAUGUCCUGCCAUUUAUUCUCAAUCAGUGUGGAUCGGUGCUGUAUUUCCUAACUCUACAGAACACUGAUAUAUCUCUGGCUUUACCAGUCUCGAAUUCUCUUACCUUUGUAUUUACUGCAAUUACUGGCUGGUUCCUGGGUGAAGAAAAAGUACAUAGAAAUACCUAUUUGGGUAUGAUUCUUGUGCUAUGUGGAACAACGUUGUGCUGCUGGGACAAAUUGAACAAAACUGUGGAAAUGUGAUUUAUGUGUUUAAGACAACAAUCAUUAAACAUGCAUCGCUCUCUUCCUUUUCCUAUUCCAUUACCUGCUGAUUAAUCCACAUUCAUCCUGUUUAAUAGUAAGUACACAAUGAUCAACAUAUAUAUGAAAUCCUUUCAAACAUAAAUUCACAAUAUUAACUUGAUUGUGCUCUCUCUUGUUGAAUAUAUAAAUAUAUUUUAUUAUUAAAUUGUAUACUAAUUG